GGCCUGGAUCCAGCAAUGUGUAACUGCAGAUGGAAAAUAUCACAGAGCAGAUCUGAACUUCCCUGUCAGCCUGCCAAAACGAAAAGAUGGCAUCAAACCUUUUGAAUGUGAUCCUCCUUUAUCAUGCUGUGGUAUUUUCCAGUCUAGACUUGUAGGAGAAGCUCUGCUGGAGAAAGAAGAGUUAGUUAGCUAUGUAUACAGUUCCCCAGCACUCCGCUGCAUACAGACAGCUCAACACCUGCUAGAAGGGCUUAAAUUAGAGCGAAAGAUUAAAAUCAGGGUAGAACCUGGACUCUUUGAAUGGACCAAGUGGGAGGCCUGCAAAAUAAUUCCCUCCUUUAUGGCACUGACAGAACUGACAGAGACUACUCACAGUAUAGAUACCAGUUACAGAUGUACUCUCCCAAUUUCCUCCCUGGUGCCAUUGGAAAGUUAUGAAGCGUAUGUAAGCAGAUGCUCUGCAGUUAUAAACCAGAUUGUCAGUGACUGUACAAGCAACGGUAUCAUCCUUAUAGUGGGUCAUGGCUCAUCUCUGGACUCCUUCACUCGACCUGUACUAGGGCUCCCAGCCAGAGACAGCAAUGAUUUUGCCACAUUGGUUAGAAAGAUACCUUCACUGGGCAUGUGUUUCUGUGAAGAGCUUAAAGAGGAGAAUAGAUGGCAGAUGAUUAACCCACCAGUUAAGACAUUAACCCAUGGUUCAAAUGCAUCAUUUAAUUGGAGAAAUGGCAUACUGGACAGUUAGUCUUUUUUAUAUAUUUCAAAAAAGAAGAGAAGAUGUGAUUUCUCCUGACAUCAGAGGCCAGUGGUCUAUCCAAAAUACUUAGAACUUGGGGGAAUUUUCCUCCACUAUUUGUAUGAAUUGUCAAAGCACAGAGAGCACUUUUGAAGGUUUUAUGCCUUAGUUCUGUUUUUGUUACAGUGAUUCAGAAGAAAGAACCUAUUAACUGACAUAAAAGUGAACAUUACUUUAUCCAGUGCUGAAGAAUGAACUUUUAAAACUCAUUAUUUAGACUAACAUCUGUAAUGUUUGACAUGUGUA